GAUAACUCCGGGGCGAGGUGGUAGUUUUGGAAGAGGCACAUUCUUUGCGCGCAGUGCUCGGCGAUUCCCGCGGCGCGCUAAUUGAGACAUGUAGUUUGAAAGGGAACCCUCGUAUCGACUAGAACGCAGAUCCUGAGUCACUUCGACAGUCAGCCGCAGAAAUAUCGCGAGAACUACAAAGUCCGACAAAGUACACCCUAAACUUUGAGAGAUAUUAGAUAUCUGUUUAGUCGAAUUAGUCAUUUUUUCUGAUUUAAUGUUUUUUAUUUCUCCGCUGAUCGCGCGCCUACAUUUAGUGGAUUUGAAACCCGGCUAGAAUUAUUCAGAAAAAUACAGAGCCGGUAACAUGUGGCUCCAGCGUGACACGAGCGAGAUGCGUCCGACAUAACGCAAUCACUUUUUAAAUUUCCGCUCACAGCGCAGCGUCACAAGUGGCUUCUUUUCAAUGAUUGAUCGCGAUCGCACAUGAUGACAGUCCGGACAGUAGAAAAAUUCAUCGUGAAACUUCAACGGGCAAUAGGAAAUCGAGCAAUUCGGGUCGGGAAAACUGGAACGUGCGCGUUCCGCCCACACCUAUCGCCGGUCGAUACUAACACGUCGCUUAGACUACUACUGGCAUAAUCAAUACGGACUGAUAUAUCUAGAAUGAGAGUGAAAGAGCGCUCGUAGGAAGCAGAGGAGUCGUAAAGCCGGGACGAACAUCGGCCUUAAAUUGUCGCCGGCGAACAGUGAGAUAGCCAGCUCGAAUGGCCGUCAUAAAACGAGCGGUUUCCUGCGCGAGAGAAUUGUUAUCCGCGAGGAAAUUUCGCGCUUUCUGUUGCGUAUGUGACCAUAUAAAGCAAAUGUGGUUACGAAUCGCGUAAAGCAGAAGUAAAGGAUGACAAGAUACUGCACACAUUCGUGAAAUGUCAGACAAAUGUCCGAUUUAAUUCGAAUGAAUAGAUUUUUUUAUGACUUUGUGCCGGCUUAAAGAAGGUUUCGCGGGAAGCAUUAUUUAUCUCGUAUCUCUAUAAAAUUCAACACACACACGUACACACAGUCAACGUUUUCAUAAUAGGAUCACAAACUGGAAUUUUCAGAAGCAGUAUCCACUCGGGGGAUUGAAUGCGAUUAUAAUAUUAUCAUAUUAUUUUAUUCUUUAAUUCGAUUUUUAAGUAAAUUAUUAUGUACAUUUUUAUGUAAAUUAUUCCCAGUGAAAAGGAAUUGUGCAAGACGGGAGGGAGAUGACGAUGACGAAAAAGCGUAAAAUGUUCUAUACGUUGCUGUUGAUUGUCACAGUGUUUCCUCUCUCUGAUUUGAUGAGUAUUUGCUAAAAUCUGGAAAAUUUUGAAAAUCUAGUGACAAAUCUAAUAAUUUCACAAAGUUACUCUCACCUCCCCGUAUCUUGCCGUCACCCUGCACAAUUCCUUUUCACUGGAUGUAUUUUGUAACAGCAGAUCCACCUAAAAGGGUCAAAAAAAUCGAUUUUAUAUAUAUUUUUUUUCAAAGUGUGAUAUCUUAAGAAUAUUUUUGUGCAGUUAUAAGUCGAUCUGGCUAGUAAUACAAAAGUUACACGUAAGUAUAUUCGAGUCCGUUCGUGCGCGCUAGGGUCAUUUCGGUUUUCACAGGUGUAAAAGGAAAGAUCCCUCUGGUUAGGGUUCUUUCCCCUCCCUUUUCUAUUUAUUAUAUACCAAUACCAAGCAUCAGACCUGCUUGGAAAACACAAACAGUUGGUUCCACAGCAGUUCUUGUCCGGACGAGCAAUCGAAAGAAUCGAAUAGUACAGCAAAAUAAUACGACAGAAAUGGAUCGCAGGAAAUGAUCUAGAGAUCUCCGAACAUCUGAAAAUAUUCGAAAAUCAAGAGCAAAAAAACGUCCACCGCCUAGGAAUCGGCAUUCAGAUGGAACAGAAAGAGAAGAGCUAUAGCACGUCUGCGCUAAGCAGUACGAGAGAGGAGAGAAUACGUCGUCGCCAAGAACAGAGGGACUUUCUAGAAACAUCUACUUCGGCAGAGAGUUUACUAUAUAGUCCUGGAGUAGAUGAUUCAGUAUGAUUCCUGUGGUCACCGCAAACGCCGUUUUUAAAAUUAGGAGUUAGGAGCUGUAGCGUAGCGCCACCAUUUUGAACUUUUUAACAAUAAAACUAAAAUUUUUUAAUAGAGAAAACUGUAAUCUGUAUAUUACAAAUGUUAAGUUAAAAAUAAAAAUGAUGCUGCAAAUGUUAAUAAAGUCGUUAGAAAAGUUCGAUACAGACUACAAACGAUUUAAAUACUUUUUAAUGCAUGAAAACUUUAUUCAACUACUUGAAUAUAUUAUUGGAACUACUACCGAUGAAUGUAGAAAAAAUAAUGAAGUUUCUAUGACAUUAAAAAAUCGUACAGCAACUUAUAUUUCUGUGGAAAAAACUUUACAAAGAUUGUUAGAAAUUCCAAACGUAUUUGAUGAAAUUCUACAAUAUCAAAAUAAAAGUUUACCCAAUGAUCCUUGAUUACUAUACUUCACGGUAAAUUGUGGAAAAAUAUUGUCUCAAAAUAUUUAAAUAAAAUAGUUAUGCCUUUAAUUUUGUAUUUUGAUGACUUUGAGACGUGCAAUCCACUUGGAAGUCACGCAGGCAUAUAUAAAUUAGGUGCAAUAUAUUUUACAAUUGCUUCGGUACCUCCAAAAUAUGCCAGUCGCAUAGAAAAUAUUUUUCUUGCAAUGUUGUUUCACAGUCAAGAUCGUACACAAUUUGGAAAUCGAUCAGUUUUUAACACUUUACUUCAAGAACUAAAACAGUUGGAAACUAAAGGAUUAUCUAUUGAAUUAAAUGGCACAACAUUAAAAGUGUUUUUUGUAGUAGUGCUUAUUAUUGGAGGUAAUUUAGGAAUUCAUUCUAUUUUUGGUUACCCCGAAAGUUUUUUAGCAAAUUACUGUUGCCGAUUUUGUACUGAAAAUAAAGAUGAUAUUAAGAAACAAAUUAAUUUAAAAGUAAACCCUAUCAGACAACUAACAGAUUAUAAAAAUCAUGUCGAAAAUAAAAAGGUUGGAAUAAAAGAAGAAUGUAUAUGGAAUGACCUUGAUCACUUUCAUGUUUAUGUUACUAUGAACUGUGAUAUUAUGCACGAUUUAUUUGAAGGUGUUUAUCGUUAUGAUAUGGCUUUAAUUAUACAGCAUUUUAUAGAAAAUAAAUAUUUUUCUUUCACAACAUUAAACUCUCGAAUUAAAUAUUUUCCUUAUAAUAAUUUUGAACAAAAUAAACCACCUUUAGUAACAAAAGAACAUUUAGCAAAUGGCUGUAUUAUCGUCUCAGCAUCAGAAAUGCUAUGUUUAGUAAGAAAUUUGAACAUAAUAAUUGGUGAUCUAAUUUCAGAAGAAAAUAAAGUUUGGCAAUUUUAUUUAGUUCUUAAAGAAAUAAAUGAUAUAGUUACGUUAACACAGAUAUCAAGUAAUACAUUACAAUAUUUAAAAUAUUUAAUAAGUGAGCAUCAUGACAUGUAUCUUUCCUUAUUUAAUUCAUAUCUUAAACCUAAGCAUCAUUUUUUACUACAUUACCCGGACAUAAUAACACAAAUUGGACCACUCAUGCAUGUAUCUUGCAUGCGUUUUGAAGCGAAACAUAAAGAACUCAAAAAGAAUGCAACUAAUGUACAAAGUAGAAGAAAUUUACCAUUAACAUUAGCUAAAAAGAAUCAAUUGAAUUUUCUUCAUAGAUGUAUGUCGAAAGUAGGUUUAUCAGACAAAAUAAAAGUUGGAAAAAUAUUAAAUAUAAGUGCGAAGGAUACUAUACUUGAUAUACCCAAUGUACUUAAUUUGCCUUAUAAUUUACAUAAUUAUUAUGAAAUAUCUUGGUUUGAAAAAAACGGUAUAAGAUUCAAUAAAUUUAAUAGACCUGUCUUCCAUUAA